UUGGUCGGUUUUCCGGAAGCCAUAGGAUUCGGAAUCUCGCCCGAAGUCGUGCGACCGCCGGCUGCGUGUGGUAGCGGAACAUGCCCCGCACGGGACACCGCAGCCCCCACCGCACAGCCAGAUUGCCGGCCGGAGGGUUGUCGCAGCGCCUGGGGCCGCACGGAAGCGGCUCGGGAACCCCACAGCCCCAGGCCCAGGUGCGCGACUGACCCUCCCGUUCCCCGAGCCCGCAGCGCAGGCCAGGAUGUUCGUCUUGGUGGAGAUGGUGGACACUGUGCGGAUCCCCCCGUGGCAGUUUGAGAGGAAGCUCAACGACUCCAUUGCCGAGGAACUGAAUAAGAAGUUGGCCAACAAGGUCGUGUACAACGUGGGACUCUGCAUCUGUCUGUUCGACAUCACCAAGCUGGAGGAUGCCUACGUGUUUCCCGGGGAUGGUGCGUCGCACACCAAAGUUCAUUUCCGCUAUGUGGUGUUCCAUCCGUUCCUGGAUGAGAUUCUGAUUGGAAAGAUCAAAGGCUGCAGCCCCGAGGGAGUGCACGUCUCUCUAGGGUUCUUCGAGGACAUCCUCAUCCCCCCCGAGUCACUGCAGCAGCCAGCCAAGUUCGACGAUGCCGAGCAGGUGUGGGUGUGGGAGUAUGAGACGGAGGAAGGAGCACACGACCUGUACAUGGACACCGGCGAGGAGAUCCGCUUCCGGGUGGUGGAUGAGAGCUUCGUGGACACGUCCCCCACCGGGCCCAGCUCCGCCGAGGUGGCCUCUACCAGCGAGGAGCCGCCGAAGAAGGAGGCCCCGUACACGCUUGUGGGAUCCAUCAGUGAGCCGGGCCUGGGCCUCCUCUCCUGGUGGACGAGCAGCUAGCCCUGGUGCUGGACGUGGACCGGCCCAGUCCACAGGCCCUACCCCAGCCUCGGAAGGUGCCUGAGGACAGCAGCAGCCCAGAUGCCGAGGGGCAGUCUGCAGUCUGCGGAGGGAGCUGCUGGUGGGGCCAGGAGUGCCCUGCCAGCUCGUCGCUCCCUGCCAUCCUGGCCUUGCUCCUCUUCCCAGAAGUCCCGCUCUCAGGGACAGAGACUUUAUUGAAUAAACAAUGGCAAUGGCA